AUGAGUAACAACAAGGCGGGACCCGGUGGGAUCGGGAACUCAAGCAAUCCUCGACCAGGGCAGUCUCCUUUCCCCCCGUCUGGACCUUUGGUUCGACAAUCAAACCAGCCAUACACAAGCUCCUACAGCAACAACUUUGAUCGAACCAAUUCAAGAUACAGUACCGGCAGAAGCGAAGACCCGCCAUCCAACCAAGAUACAAGGAGUCCUCCAUCGCCCGAGCCGCGUCGGCAGACCAGACAGGAGCAAGCCGGCAGGGCUUACGAGGAAAGCAUAUACGGGAUGUACGGAGACAUGAACUCGCCAAGAGAUCCUCCACCAAGGCAAAACCAACAGUCGAGACGACAGUAUCGACAAGAGCAACAGGACGACGAAGACUCUUACGAUGAGGAGGUUCCGCGACGUCCUGAACCUGAAGCCCAACGGCCCCGUUACAGCCGGGCGCGCACUAGUCCUGGGCCAGGCCAAAGACGUAGUAAUACAAAUCGUCCGAACCAGCAAUACGAGAGGCAAAACCGUCAAGAUCGCCGAGAUCGCAGAGACCAACAGGACCAACAGGAGGGUGAUGGGAACUACCGUCGCGUUAACAUCAACAUCGACACAGGAACCGACGGAAGCCGUUCUUGGUCAUUCAGAAAUGACGACCGUGACCGAGCUAACGUCAACAUUGGAAUACCCUUCGGAGGCUCAGGUCCUUCUCUUGUAAACUUUGACGUCCCGUUUGGCAACUCAGGGUUUCCGUUUGGGGGCCGAAACAACGGUGGCGGUAGACUGCCUGUCAAUGUGCCAUUUGUGAAUGGGCUUCCGGUAAAUCUCCCAUUUGGUUUGUAA